UAAAAAAGAAAGCUGAAGCAAGGUCAGGACUACGUCAGUAGGCCACUGGGUCCACAACGCAUAAUAAUGCUCACCGGAUAUGCGUCCCUGUCAUACCUGACGCUACUUUCAAACUAUACACACCCUGUAUCGUCUAACAAUGAGCCAUUAACGUUGUUGCCGGAGACGGUGAAGUGUUAAAUUUAUGAAGAGAUUGUGCCAAAGAAUCGUGAAGCAAUGAAGUGUAAUUUACUUCUAGUGACGGUUUUGAUAAUUAGUGUAAAAGCAGCGCCAUACAUAAUAAAACCAGAAACGUGGAUGCAAACAAACCAGCAGCUAGACCAAUCGAUGUUGAAUCAAAUAGCUCAACAAUCAUUGGAGCAAUGGAUUCUGCAAAAUCAAUACAAUUCAAUGCAGCAACAGCUGAUGGCAAUGCAGCAUUUGCAUGCGACGAAGAAAACUCACUUCCCGUCGUUUUUUAUAUUAAAUAAUAUACAUUUCACGCGCUUAACAAAUGAUUUAUUUUUCAGUAACGUACCUCAGCAACCGUUAUUAUUACUAGUGCCUAGUACGAUUGCGAAAACUACGAAUCGAGUCGAAAACCACAACGAAAAUAAUGGACCAGAUUUCAAAAUUGGAAUUGGAGAUUCUGACUCAGUUGUGAUUAACGCCGAGAACGAAGCAAAUAUCCCUGAAACAACCAUAAAUCCCCAAAGAGCUGUAGUAGUGUUACCGAAUGGCCAACGAUUAAUAAUAGGUAGCAUUAUAUCCGCUAUACCGUUCUUACCUUUUGAAGUAAAUGUACCAGAUACCAUUGGCUGGAUUUAUAAUGGUAUAGCUGGUAUUAUUGGCGGAAUUGGUCAACGGCUACCAUUCAGGCCAAAACCUACAACGGAAAGUCCAGUUCAGCAAAAUCAAGAAUUAAUGACACAAGAAUCGAUGGCCCCAAAUCAAGAGUCAAUUCUGGCUCCAGAAACAGGGAUCACACCAGCACAAGAGACCAGAAUGAAGCUGAUGCAGAAGCUUAUGUCCGGGAGGCCGAAUAUUGGUAUGCCCAUAUUAAUGUUGCCUAUGACACAGAGUGUUCCAAUACAACUGCAAGUAUAAAUAACGUUAUUGAAGUUC